AAGGGUGGUACAUGGUCCGGGUUUAAGGGUGUACAUGGUCCGGGUUUAAGGGGGUACACAGACAGACCAACAACACACAGUUCUCCGGUUCCAAAGCGGGCAUGCCGACGGCCGAGCGGUCGCCCCCUCGUUGUACUUGACGCGCCGGGAGCCGUGUGACGAUGAGGCCGGGGAGCGGCGCCUUACUGGGGCUGCUGUGCUGCUGCCUGGGGUUCCUGUACUGCGCCCGCUGCGGCUUGAGCGACAACCACGUCCACUCCAGCUUCAUCUACCGCCGGCUGCGCAGCCACGAGCGCCGGGAGAUCCAGCGGGAGAUCCUCUCCAUCCUGGGCCUGCCGCACCGCCCCAGGCCCUUCUCCCCCGGCAAGCAGGCGUCCUCGGCGCCCCUCUUCAUGCUGGACCUGUACAACGCCAUGACCACCGAGGAAGAGGAGGAGGACGACGAGGAGGAGGAGAAGGAGAGGAAGAAGAAGGAGGGCGGCUUCGGCGCCAAAGCCGGCGGGCCCCCGCGGAGGACCAAGGCGGUGGCCGCGCAGCCGCACCGCGCCGCCUCGCUCGCCGGCCCGCCGCUGACCACGGCGCACGAGGCCAACUUCCUCAACGACGCCGACAUGGUCAUGAGCUUUGUUAAUGUAGUGGAGAAAGAUAAAGACUUUUCUCACCACCGAAGACACUACAAGGAGUUCCGUUUUGAUCUCACUCAGAUUCCAGAUGGAGAGGCUGUGACUGCUGCCGAGUUUCGGAUCUACAAGGAUCAUAGUCAUACCCGCUACGACAAUAUCACCCUGAAGGUCAGCAUAUACCAAGUCAUCAAGGAAUAUCAAAACAAAGAUGCGGAGACAUUCUUGCUCGAUUCCAAAAAGGUGCGGGCCUCUGACGGAGGUUGGCUUGUCUUUGACAUCACAGCAACAAGUAACCACUGGGUGAUGAACCCACUGCAGAACAUGGGCCUGCAGCUCUGUGUAGAGACUGUAGAUGGCAAAAGUAUCAAUAUAAAAUCUGCCGGAAUUGUUGGACGGAAUGGGCCUCAGUCCAAACAGCCAUUUCUAGUUGCCUUCUUUAAGGCCAGUGAGGUGCUGCUGCGCUCUGUCAGGGCCGCCGGUGGGAAAAAGAAGAAUCACAAUCGAAAUAAAUCUGCUGGUCAACAAGAAUCAUCCCGAGCACCAAAAGGUGGAGAUCACAACACCAGUGAACAGAAGCAAGCCUGCAAGAAGCAUGAACUUUAUGUCAGCUUUAGAGAUUUGGGUUGGCAGGACUGGAUUAUUGCACCAGAGGGCUAUGCUGCAUUCUACUGUGAUGGGGAAUGCUCUUUCCCUCUCAACGCUCACAUGAAUGCAACAAACCAUGCAAUCGUUCAGACUCUGGUUCAUUUAAUGUUUCCUGACAACGUGCCAAAGCCGUGCUGUGCCCCGACCAAGCUGAACGCAAUAUCUGUACUUUAUUUUGAUGACAGCUCGAACGUUAUCCUUAAGAAGUACAGAAACAUGGUAGUUAGGUCUUGUGGUUGCCAUUAG